UGCAAUGAUGACCUUUUUUUGAUUUUUUUUGAAAGUGUGGUACUAACAUACUGUCUUCAUGGCUGAAUUCUUUUUUCCUUACAUUUAUUCAAUACAAAAGCGCCUCAAGCAAAAUUGCGUCAAUUUUGAAAAGUUUUGCUUUUUGUGGUGUGCGUGAUAUGUAAGUGUGGCGUUCUUAGCGACAGUAACGACUCCCUGUGUAUGGGCUACUGACAGGUGACGCAAUUGAGAACUAGAGCCAAUAUAUUAAAUGUAUUUGACAUUAAAGGUGUUCGACGUGCCGCAAAUAAAAUAUUUACGAAAAAAUUGCACAAUUCGGUGAAAUCUUCGAAUAAUAGAAAUAACAACAAAGAUGCAACCAUUUACUUGCUUCAUGGACGUUGAAAACUCUAGAUCGUAUGUGGAUGUUUUAUACAGUGCUGACUAUGUGGAAAUACAGGACGCAUUGAUAACGUUGAAAAAUCAAGUUAUUGGCAGCAAUAAACAAAAGGGAUCGGUCAUAUCACAAGGACUUUUGCCGAAAUUAAUUUCAUUCAUUACCUUAGACGAGGUGCCACUCAGUGUUAAACUGGAUGCAGCAAUUGUUAUUGGAUCACUUGCUAAAGGAACAGAGUCUCAUGUUAGUGCGUUAAUUGACUGUCGAAUCGUUGAUAUUAUGCUGGCAAUAGUUUCAAAUCCGAGCACUGACAAGCGACUGGUUGAAAUUGCAUUAUCCGUGCUCAGGUCAAUAUUUCAGCAUCCUCUUGCACCGAUCGUCGAAAUAAAUACAAACACCAACUUCCUCAAAGACAUAAUUGGCAUUGCAGCGUCAGACAACUCCAUUCAUUGUCAGUCCUGUGUGGCGAAUAUUUUGGUGCCGUUGUGUCACUCGUUCAACGAACAAAUGAUUUUGUGUCACACCGGAGCGAUUCCAUUUCUGGCCAGGCUAAUCACAACCGACUAUUCAAUUCUACAAAUUCCCGCCUUAAAAUGUCUUGCCGCAAUGUGUUUUACAAAUCGAUCGGUUUCGGAUGUUGUGUGCGGAUUUACCUAUGAGAACAAGCAAUUACCGGACAUUUUAACCGCUCUACUGUCUCGGGUUAAGUUAUCUGAUAUUCAGUUAGCUGCCGCCAGAUGUCUGACCUACAUCCAUCGUUCUGAUUCGCUGACAUCAACCGAUCCACGAAUAGUUUAUCGCACGCUUCCAUGUCUUGCUCGACUUUGUACAAAUGAGUUCGAUGAAGAAACUAGAGCAACGGCCGCCGAAACGCUUGCCUACUUAGCAGAGAUCGAUUCCGAACUGCAAAGGCUAGCUGCAAUAUCCAAUCAUUUGAUCAGUUCGUUAUUUGAAUUACUGAAAAUUAAAUCGUCGCCUCUUCCACGCGUCGGUGCCUUUCGAUGUUUUGCGUCGUUAGGCGCGAAUGACGAAGACAUCCGUAAACGUAUCAUUGAAACGAAAGGUCUAAUGGAAGAAGUUUUGUUUGGACUAGGAGAUCCCAGUGCAGACGUUCGUCUAGCGGCCGUUCGAUGUUUGCACUCGUUAUCAAGAUCUGUACAGCAACUUCGAACGACUUUUCAAGACCACUCAGUCUGGCGACCGUUAAUGACAUUAUUGCAAGGAACACCAUCGAAUGAACUGUUGACCGUUGUAACAUCAACCAUUUGUAAUUUACUACUGGAGUUCAGUCCUUCCAAAGAGCCAAUGGUUGAGUCCGGCUGUUGUGAACUACUCUGCGAACUAACUAAAAGUCCGGACGCGGCGCUUCGACUAAAUGGGAGCUGGGCUCUGAUGAAUAUGGCUUUUCAGGCGGACGAAAUUAUAAAAGACAAAAUCAUAAACACGUUAGGCACGGACCGAGUAUUGAAAUUGCUGAGCGAUUCCGAUUCACGGGUCAUAAUGAAAACGUUAGGAUUGCUACGAAAUUUGCUGAGCAAAUCAAUGGACAUUGAAAACAUAAUGAAGAAACAUUCGUCGCAACUUAUGCAAGCGGUUAGUUUGGUGCUGGACUCCACUCAUUCGUCGGAAGUGAAAGAACAAGCGCUUUGCAUAAUUGGCAAUAUUGCCCAUGCAGCCAUUUCCACUGACUAUAUUAUGGAAGAUGAAAGUAUUUUGAAGAAAGUGUUGGAUUUUGUCACCCACAAAGACUGCAAACUCCAAAAGGGAGCCGUUAUUGCCAUCAAAAAUCUCAUAGACAAAAAUGAUUUAAACACAUCCCGUCGAUUGAUGGUCUUGAACGAUUUAGGAGCCGUUGACAAAUUGGAAGCUUAUUUAAGUAUGGCGACCCAUUUGUCUGAAGACGUCAGUAAUGUCCGAAGUCUAAUUCGAAGACUGGUUGGCUACACAUAAAGUUUUUGUAAAAUGAGGAAUUUUAAAGAAAAGAAAAAUGAAGAAGAAAGAAUAAUAGAAAAAAUUGUACGAUAAACGCUGGCUCAGUGCUGCAAAAUUAAUUGACGACACACUUCCCCCGAUGAUUGCAAAUUAACAAAAUUAUUAUGAUGAAUGUAAUGAGAGAAAGAGAGUGAGAGA